CCUCUCCCCGCCAUGACCCAUCCGACCCUCCUCCUUCUAACACUCUACUUCGCGCUUCAGCCGCGCCCCGUCGCAGCGUAUUACACGUACCACCGCAGCACGGCCUCCCGGAUUGUCGGGAUCAUCUUCGCCGUCCUCGCCCUCCUCUCACUGAUUGCGUGCUUCGUCAUCGCGCGCCGCCGCCGCGCGCGGGCCCUCGCCAACGGCGGCAUCAUCGGGGUGCCGUAUGCCGGCGGAUAUGCGCGGCCGGGGCCGUUUGCGUUCGCGAGCCCGUGGAAUAAGGGCGCGCAGGCCGGCGCGGGCACUGCCAAUAUGAACCAGCACCCAUACUACGGCAACGGUAACCCCCAGCCGGCCCCGCCGUACUCCGCUGGGCCGCAGGUUUACAGUCCCCCAGCGGGUCCGCCUCCUGCGACAGGCGGCUAUAUGGCGCCGCCCCCGCAAGCACAUCUCCAAGGGGAUGAAUCUCACGGAAAGAGCGCGUUCCGUCAGUGA